AUGGCCUCCCGACCGACCGUUACCGUCCACGGCGCCGAUGGAGCUGCCUCCAAGGACACGCUCACCAUCCCCAAUGUCUUCAAGGCCCCGAUCCGCGCCGACAUUGUCCAGUACGAAGACCCCGAGACAGAAGAGUUGGUGAUGAUGACAGUCACUGAUGGGACAAUGACAGGACGGUACACACUGGCAUGGCCAAGAACAAGCGCCAGCCAUACGCCGUGAGCGAGAAGGCCGGCCACCAGACCUCUGCCGAGUCGUGGGGUACUGGUAUGUGAAAAGUGUUGGAGAUGGAAAUCAUGGACAAAGCUGAUAUGAUGUUCUACAGGACGCGCUGUCGCCCGUAUCCCCCGUGUCUCUGGUGGUGGUACUCACCGUGCCGGUCAGGCUGCCUUCGGUAACCAGUGCCGCUCUGGUCGCAUGUUCGCACCCACCAAGGUCUGGCGCAAGUGGCACCAGAAGAUCAACCUUGGCCAGAAGCGCUUCGCUACUGCUUCCGCCAUCGCCGCAUCUUCCAGCGCUGCCCUCCUCCUCGCCCGUGGACACCACGUCUCCACCGUCGCAGAGGUUCCGCUCGUUGUUUCCUCCGCUGCCUUCGCCGAUGGCGCCCUCAAGAAGACCUCCGCCGCUAUCAAGCUCCUCGAGGCUGUCGGUGCCGGCCCUGAUCUCGCCAAGGUCAAGAACUCCCGCAAGCUCCGCGCUGGUAAGGGUAAGCUGAGGAACCGCCGUCACCAGCAGCGCCGUGGCCCGCUCGUCAUCUAUGAGCCUGAGAAGGAUGGCAAGGACCUCGUCCGCGCUUUCCGCAACGUUCCAGGUGUUGAGACCUGCCCAGUGUACGCACUGAACCUUCUCCAGCUCGCCCCUGGCGGUCACCUCGGUCGCUUCAUCAUCUGGACCUCGUCCGCCUUCACCGCCCUCGACACUGUCUACGGCACCACCACCGAGCCAUCCGAGCUCAAGAAGGACUUCCUCUUGCCAACAAAUGUCAUGGCCCAGCCAGACCUUGCCAAGCUCAUCAACAGCUCCGAAGUCCAGUCGGUGCUCCGGCCAGUCAAGGGCGGUGCUAUCACCAAGCGCACCGUUGUGCAGAAGAAGAACCCACUCCGCAACAAGCAGGUCCUGCUCCGCCUCAACCCAUACGCCAAGGCCUACGCACAGGAGGGUCUUGGUCAUGUCAAGGCCAGCGAGAAGCCGAUCGAGCGGGAUGCCGCUUUCGAGGCUACUCUUCACGAGAACUAG